GAAUUCUUGGACAGUAAAAUCGGGGACGAAGUGGAUUCUGAAAUGAAUUCUGAAAUUGAGCCCCAGCGAGUUUGUGUAGCUGGAAGGAUGACAAGGCAGUUGGAAAGUUCAGAUACUCUUUUGAAUCCUUUACAUUCAUUACUGCCAAAG